AUGAAUCUUCUGAUCAUUGGAGUAGUGCUCUUCGGAGCCACAGUACAUCAAAGUACCGCUCACAACUAUGAAGAACUUCUCGCGAAAUUCAACUACGAAAGAAGAGAAUACGCGAAGGCAAACAAUAUUCCAAACAUGUACAAGUUGGAAUGGAACGAUGAGCUGGCAAGAGUGGUGGUUGGUUAUGGGGACUACAAGCCAAACUUUCGUUAUGUGCCGGCUGGAAGGAACAAAGACGCCAUGAGAUUCGAUAAUUGGGCCGAAUCAUUGGAAUGGGCUUAUUCAAAGAAAAGUGACGUUGACGAAGUUGAAGAGAUACAAGAACUAUCGAGAAUGGAAGAGUCCAGCCCACUACUGGUCCUUGAGAGGUUUACCUCGAGUAUUAGAGGAAUCGGGUGUUAUCCUUUACCUACCAACUAUACGACUUCAAACUUCCACAACGUAUAUUCUUCCAUAUGCCUAAUUGGACCGAAUGCUACUCAUGGAUACGUAGAACUUCUCGCUAAGUUGAAUUACGAGAGAAGAGAGUUCGCAAAAGCGAUGAACAUUUCAAAUAUGUACAAACUGAAAUGGAGUGAAUCACUGGCGGAAACUGGAAAGAACAUGCCGAAAGAGUGGAGAGGACUCCAGCCUAAUUAUCGAUAUUUCUUCGUUGGGAGAAAUAAAGAUGCUAUGGACUUGGAUAACAAACUAUUCAAUUGGACUGAAUAUUAUAUGAUGAACGAUUCGCCCGCAUUCACAAAAUGGUCUGAGAAGAAUGAAAACUAUACUGUUUUCCGGUUUGAACCACUGCUCCCUCUGCAAACUAGAAUUGGAUGUGCUUCUGUUCAUAAGCAAAUGUCAUACCGAGGUUAUAGAAGACAGUUGUAUGCUGAGUACUCAUCUCAAUGUUUGAUCGGACCACAACGAUCAUUCCAUACGGUGAAAUAUGGUCCACCUGGUUCCGAUUGUGGAGAUGAUGAUGUGGAAGAUGGACUGUGUGUCUCGAAACUUGAUGGAGAUAUUGAAGCAUUUGGAUCUCCUCCGCCGUCUCUCGGAGAAACCGUUCAUGAGGAAACUACUCCAUCGGAUGAUGAUGAUGACAUGGAAGUUAACUGGAAGAGAUUGUAA